AUGGAAUGUGUGACCACAACAUCUUUGUCGGUCUUGAUAAAUGGUUCACCAUCUAAGCCAUUCAAAAUGGAAAGGGGUAUGAGACAAGGUGACCCGAUUUCUCUUUUCUUGUUUGUACUGAUUGUGGAUGUUCUGCAUAAAAUGGUUGGAGAGGCAGUCAGGAACGGACGUAUAUCACCAUUGGUGGUUGGGAGAGAUAGUAUAGAGUUGUCACAUCUUCAGUUUGCUGAUGACACUAUUCUGUUUUGCCCACCAAAAGAGGAGACUAUGAAGAAUUGCAAGCGUCUUCUGCGAUGCUUUGAGUUGAUAUCAGGGCUAAGUAUUAAUUUUGACAAGUCUAUUUUAAUUCCAUUCAAUUGUGAAGAUCAGUUGGUACAACAUAUGUGUAGCUUAUUGGGUUGUAAGGAAGGUACCCUUCCAGUUAAAUACCUUAGAAUCCCCUUAAGAGCAAAUCCGAGGUUGAUAAAGACCUGGAAGCCUAUAAUAGACAAGGUGGAGGAGAAACUUAGUCUUUGGAAAGCUAAGGUGCUAAACAAAGCUGGGAAGUUAGUGCUUAUCAAAUCAAUAAAUAACUUGUCAGUGUAUUAUUUGAGUUUAUAUAAGAUACCGAAGGCUGUUGCUGAGAAAUUGAUUUCAUUGCAGAGAAGAUUCCUAUGGAGCAAGGAGGAUAGGAGAAAUGGUAUGGCAUUAGAAGAGUGCCCAUUGUGCAAGAAGGUGUUAUGUUCCUGUAAUAAUCUGAAUUCGAAUGAGCUACUGUCGACUCAAAUGCUACCAACUAGAGGAGGUCUAUGGAAGGAUAUAUGCCAGGUACAAAUCAAAGAGCAACAUAUAAGGGAUAAGAUGAUUACUGGCUUGUCCAUGGAGAUUGGUGACGGGGGAUUGCGGAUUUUGGGAUGGAUUAGAAUGGGUUUGAAACUUCUUAUGGAGGCGAAAGCUUUUUCAGUGGGAGUUGGAUCUUCCGUGUCAGAGGAAAUACUUCCAGAGGAUGUAACCAGUUACAGCUUCACUAAGACCAUCUAA